GUUUAUGAAGUGAUUGAAGUGUGAUUGGGGUUUUGUUUUGCAACUUCCACAGUUCCAUCCAGGCCGCCUAAAAUCCGAAUCAAAGGUUCCAUUGUCUCGGUCUCGCCGAGAAAAACUGGAGAGUGCCCAAAAGAUUAGAAUGAGCGCUCUACUGAAGAAGCCCAAGACAGAGAACGUAGAAGUCAUAGACGACGACGACGACGAACAAGCAGCAGCCGCAGCAGCAACAAACAAGAUGACAGAAGAGAACGGCGACCCAGAUAGCAGACAAGAGCAAGAAGAAGCCCUCGUCGCUUUGAUUGAGCAUCGUACGCGCGAAGUUCAUCACCUUCGCCAGCGCGUCUCCUAUUACAAAUCUCAGCUUGAGGAAGCAGCAAAGAGGUUAAAUGAUUCCGAAACUAAGUUGGCACGACUUCGACGCCAAGACAAAGUAGGGUCAACCAAGAGUUCCCCGGGUAGUGGAACUAAAAGUGCAAAGGUGGAACCCAGAUCAACGAGUCCUAUCCAUUUAAGUCAAGGUUCUACUAGAAACCAGCCUCAUUCUAAAACAGAACUUUUAAUUCCUGCUGUCAUUCCAAAAGUUUCCCAACCUACAAAAUUGGCAGGGUCUAGUGGGAAGGCUCCAGUUAGUUCUAGUGCUCAUACCAGUCCAUCAGUUUCCAGUCAGUCUAUUAGUGCUACCAAAGAAAAAGGGGACAAAUCUUAUAGAACUUCUUCAAAGCAAGAAGUUGAACUUCAAGAUAGAGGGACAAAACGGAAAUUUGAACAGAAAGAACAUAAAGAAUUAAUUCCGUUGGUUCGUACUAGCUCUUCACCAAGUAUAAUCCGGUGCUAUGCAAGCAAUCACAUAUCAAGUCAGCACAAGAGAAAGUUGAGAAGUCUUUCUUUGUGCCCAGUGAAUGAUCAACUUUUUGUGACCAGUGCGUUGGAUGGAAUAGUCAACUUGUGGCAAGUUCAGGCCAAUGGGUCAGGUGCUUCUCUACUUAGUAGUACUGAUUGUGCAUCCCCAAAACAAAGGAGAUGGCCAGAAGAUAUAGCCUGGCACCCUGAGGGAAACAGCCUAUUUUCGGUCUAUAGUGCUGAUAGUGGUGAUUCUCAAGUAUCAGUUUUAAAUCUAAAUAGGACACAAGGGAAAGCUCGUGUUACUUUCUUAGAAGAUAAACCUCAUGUGAAAGGGAUCAUUAACAGCAUAGUUUUCCCACCCUGGGAGAAUACCUGUUUUGUCACUGGUGGAAGUGAUCAUGCUGUUGUAAUCUGGAAAGAGACUGAUGCUGAGAAUGUAUGGAAACCAAGGGCAUUGCAUAGGAAUAUGCAUUCAUCUGCUGUCAUGGGAGUCGCUGGGAUGUGCCAAAAGCAGAUAAUACUAUCCGCUGGAGCAGACAAGAGAAUUGUUGGGUUUGAUGCUAACGUGGGAAGAGCAGAGUUCAAGCAUCAGAUAGAAAGUAAAUGCAUGAGUGUCUUGCCAAAUCCCUGUGACUUUAAUCUCUUCAUGGUUCAAGCAGGGACCCAUGAGAAGCAGCUCCGACUAUUUGAUAUCAGACUGAGGCAAACAGAAAUACAUGCUUUUGGGUGGAAGCAAGAAAGCAGUGAAUCUCAGUCAGCUCUGAUAAAUCAGGCUUGGUCUCCAGAUGGUUUAUACAUCUCAUCCGGUACCGCAGAUCCCAUGAUUCACAUAUUUGAUAUCAGAUAUCACGCCCAUAAGCCUUCUCAAUCUAUAAGAGCUCAUCAGAAACGGGUUUUUAAAGCUGUAUGGCUCCACUCUUGCCCCCUUCUCAUUUCUAUAUCUUCUGAUCUGAACAUUGGUUUACACAAAACCACGUAGCCGAUUGAACGUCCAGCCAAACAGCUGCUAGCCCUUAGAAAGAAAAUGGUACAUUUUGUGUUCCUCAUUUCAGGUCGGCUUAAGAAGAUCUGUUACUUGUUUUCAAGAGUAACAACUCUUUGUAGGGCAUUUUUGUAAGAAUCAAGCAGGAAAAUGCGGAUGAGAUGUUGGGAAUUGUAUGUAAUUUUUUGAGGAAAACGAUAUUACUAAGUAGAUGGGGGAUAUAUUGGAUGAAAUUUUGUUUUGGGGAAAUGAAAGAUUUGCAGCUGGUGGAUUAAGUAAAGCUGUUGCCUUCAUCUUUGA